GCUCUACACAUGAGGUCCCAGAAGGCGAGUUGCCUCCCAGCGCUGCUCCCUCGAGUUCCUGGAAGACACCGUGGGAUGUCCCUCGGUUCAAAGAACCAAGCACAUACCCGGAUCCCCCAGACACAAGGGCCUGAAGAAGACUCACUUCAUCAAGAACAUGCGACAGUAUGACACCAAGAACAGCAGGAUCGUGCUGAUCUGCGCCAAGCGGUCCCUGUGUGCGGCCUUCUCGGUCCUGCCCUAUGGAGAAGGCCUGCGGGUCAGUGACCUGAGGGUGGACAGCCAGAAGCAGAGACAUCCGUCCGGUGGCGUGUCUGUUUCUUCCGAGAUGGUCUUUGAGCUGGAAGGUGUGGAGCUGGGAGCAGAUGGAAAGGUCGUAUCUUACGCCAAGUUCCUGUACCCUACCAACGCCCUGGUCGCACAAAAGACAGACAGCCACGGCCCGCCACCCCAGCCCCGGACCAGCCUCCCCCGGGCUAUGCCAGCAUCAAGAUACAAACCUGCUGCUGCCAAGUCAGCGCCGAUCAGCACGGAGCUAGACCCCUCCCAGACCCCAGGAGCAUUGCUUCCCGUUCCUGGAGAACAGCUGCAGCCCCAGCUGCUCCUGGGCGCUACACAGGUUCUGCUGAGACUUGGGUUGAUGGGAACUGGACACCAGAGCUCGGGGCUCGUGGUGGGUCAGGGCUGCCUUCUGCCUGCAGGGAGUGAUGCAGGGGAUCCCCUGGAGUAUAACCCCAACCUGCUGGAUGACCCGCAGUGGCCCUGUGGCAAGCACAAGCGAGUCCUCAUCUUUGCAUCUUACAUGACCACGGUGAUUGAAUACGUGAAGCCCUCCGACCUCAAGAAGGACAUGAAUGAGACAUUCCGAGAGAAGUUUCCACACGUCAGACUAACACUGAGCAAAAUUAGGAGUUUAAAACGUGAGAUGCGGAACCUAUCUGAGGAGUGCAGCCUGGAGCCUGUGACUGUGUCCAUGGCCUACGUGUACUUCGAGAAGCUUGUCCUGCAAGGCAAGCUCAACAAGCAAAACCGCAAGCUGUGCGCAGGCGCCUGUGUGCUGCUUGCUGCCAAGAUCAGCAGUGACCUCCGCAAGAACGAAGUAAAGCAGCUCAUAGACAAGUUAGAAGAAAGGUUCCGAUUCAACAGACGGGAUCUGAUUGGGUUUGAGUUCACAGUGCUUGUGGCCUUGGAACUUGCUCUCUAUCUUCCCGAGAACCAGGUGUUACCUCACUACAGACGCCUCACGCAGCAGUUCUAGUCUGCUGCCCACGCCCGUCGGCACGGUCUGUGGCCCCAGGAGCUGUUCCCAGGCAGUGAAGUGCACCCUCGGCCCCCGUGGCCUCACCCUCCCGGCUGGGACACACGGACCCUGCCUUCACACUUUCUUCCUUGGGGGCCAUGCUUUCAUUCCAAAGCACCACAUCACCAUGGUAUUUUGAGGAAUAUUCCUGCCUUCUCAUGUGGACAGAAUGUGGGAUUUGUCAUUUUCCUUUUUUCACGUGCCUGAGACUGGCCUGGCACCAGGACCUGUAAUUUAUGCCUUGGAUCCUGACGUCAUGGCAUCUUUCUCCUUUGCAUUGCCUUGCCUUCCACAUACCAUCGUAGCCACUGAAUGGCAUCACAGUGGUGACUGUUUCCAGAUGCUGCUGAGCACACUCAAGUCCCUGAAGCUAAUGAAGUAAAGUAUUAAUCUUGACUUUCCAAUUUCUGGAUGUGGAAAGCACUGGAACACACCCUGCCCAGCCCACUGUCCAGUCCCCUCCCCACAUCCACAAGCAAAGAGCAGACUCCUGGUUUUGAUGAGUUUUAUUCUUGGACCUGUUCUUCCAAGCAUCAUGUCACUGUGAAGUCCUCGUACCUGAGUGUUACGCAGGCCAGAGGCCUCUGCAAACACAAGCUGCCCCUUCACCUCAUCCAGAAAACCCACUGGCCUGCGACACUGGGAUCUUCAGAUGAUUGCAUUGCUGGAGUGUGGCUUUUGAUCUUAUUAAGCAAUAUUAUGACAGAACAGCCUAUUGUCAUUUGGGAUUCUGUUCUGUAGGUGUUUCUCAUAGGGGAACACAAACUAGUUAAAUGUGUAAAGCUGUGAGUUGAAACCACACUUGCUCAAGCUGGGAGGAGACUGACUACUUCACAGCCCACAGCACAGCCUCCCCAAGAGGUCGUCGGCUCAAUGCCUUUCUCCCAAGGCUGUCCAGGACAACUGGCCGGUGCGGUCACCCUCAGACCCCAGCUGCCAGUGAUCCUCACUCCUACAAAGGCCCAUGCUCUGCUUUUCCAGGUUUGUUGUCCUUUGCACGAACUCUGUUGUCCAGUUCUCCAGCUCGCUGCCCCACCAAAAACACGUUAAGGACUGGUGAGUUAGCUGGCCUGAAAGAUGGCCAUGAUCAAGCUGCUCCUAUUGUGCUCCAGACCUGUGACUGGAGGGGCCCUGGGUCAGCCCCCAUCUUGUACUCUCUCCACGUGGGCUGGUGCUUUUGCAGAACAGCCAGUUCUGCUCAUCACAGCACCCAACCACCAGCAACUCAGCCCAGACCCCAGCAGAGGUGCAGGCCAACCACCCAUCCACUUGCUGCCUGCGGGUCUGUUCCUUCUGCCACUCAAAGGAAGACUGCGGGGUGGAGGACCACGCCUGUGUCCAUGGUCCAAACUUACUGCAGUGUGCCUCCCUCUCCAAGAUGGCUUCCUAAACCCAACAUGCAACCAAGUUAGAUCGGAGGGUGUAAGGUGCUAGGCCCCAGCAACUUCUGGAAAGCAACCUGUCCUGCCACCAUAUAUCUCAAGAACACUUGUGUUACAAGCACUGUAAGGGACUCUCAAAACGUCCCGGUUUACAGCUUAGCCUUGAAGGACCUGUCUCUUCAGGAAUUUCUAAACGGACUAAAGUUAGACCAGCUGAGAAAUAUGGUAAUUUAAGUUUGCAUUUAUGUAGUAAGAUUUAGUCAUUUGCCCAUCUCAUCUGUAACCUUCCCAGCUGUGUCCUUUAGUAAUGCUGGAGCUGCCACUGUGUGGUACUCAAGAAUCCCUGCAGAAAAGCCAGUAUUUAAGCCAAACCUCAGCCUGAAUCCCUGUCCUCUAGAACAAGGCCCAACUGACCUCUGAGUUGGUCCACAGCCCAGUGCCACUCGCUCAGAACCCAGUAGCAGUUGUGGAUUUUAAAUGUGCGUUAAGCAACUAUCUUACCUCAAUGCCAAGUUGUGUCACAAGUGUUUGUAUUUGUGCUUUAAAGUAAAAUGUGGUUUUGCAGCAUA